AUGGUUUCUGAGGCCCCCCAGGAUUUGCCCGUGCGCCCUGCCGCCGAGGCUCAGGGCAAAUCGGCCGCCGCUGCCCCGCCAAACGAUGCCAAAGCGAAAAAGGCCCCCGCCCCCGAUGUCCUACCCGAGUGGAUGAUUGAGCGCAACAAGCUCUUCGAAGAGCUAUGGCAGCAACACCUUGAGGAGACCAAGACUCGUGAUCACCCCGAGAUCAAUGCCUACGAGACCACCCCUGGAUCCUUCCUGCGCGACGUGCCAAAGGAUGUGAGCGCCAAUAUUGUGAUUGCGAAGGUCAAUGGCGAGCUAUGGGACCUCAACCGCCCUCUUGAGGGUGACUGCAGCGUUCUGCUGGUCCCUUUUAGCAACCCUGAGGCUCGGGAGGUGUUCUGGCACUCUAGCGCCCACUGUCUUGGUGAAGCUUGCGAGUGUGAAUAUGGUUGUUUCCUGUCACACGGACCACCAACUCCGCAGGGCUUCUUCUAUGAUAUGGCCAUGCCUGAAGGGCGUGUUGUCCGAGAAUCUGACUGGCCGGCGCUUGAUAAGCGCACCCAGGGCGUUUUCAAAGAGAAGCAGAGCUUUGACCGAUUGGAGGUCUCCAAGGAAAAUCUUCGGAAGAUGUUCUCCUACAGCAAGUAUAAGCUGCACUACAUUGAUAAACUAGUGACUGGUGAGAAAAGCACAGUCUACCGUUGCGGUUCCCUCGUCGAUCUGUGUCGCGGUCCUCACAUUCAGAACACCGGCAAGAUCAAGACCUUUAAGAUCAUGCAGAACUCGUCCGCCUAUUUCCUGGGUGACCAGUCCAACGACUCCCUCCAACGUAUUCGUGGUGUCGCAUUCCCGGAUAAGAAGUUAAUGGCCGAGCACUUGAAGUUCCUUGAGGAGGCAGAGAAGCGAAACCACUUGAGAAUCGGCAAGGAGCAGGAGCUUUUCUUCUUUGAUGACGUCUCUCCGGGAUGUCCUUUCCUUUUGCCUCAUGGAACGAUCAUCUUCAACGCCAUUCAGACUUUACUUCGGUCCGAAUACCGUAAGCGUGGAUACCAAGAGGUCCAGACCCCUAACAUGUAUGAUGUGGGCAUCUGGAAAACUUCCGGUCACUGGGCUCAUUACAAGGAUGACAUGUUCAAGCUUGAUGUUGAGAAGCGCGAUUGGGCUGUCCCGGUCACUUCAUCUUAUUUUCCCACAGAGACCGAAGCUGGAGAGAGCUACCCUAUCGUGUCGCAGAUUUCGGGCACUGUCCUGCACCGUAACGAGGCCUCGGGAGCCUUGAGUGGUCUGACCCGCGUGCGCAAGUUCCAGCAGGAUGACACCCACAUUUUCUGUGCCCAGGACCAGAUCAUGUCUGAGAUUGAGGGUCUGUUUGACUUCCUGCAAUCUAUUUAUGGUCUCUUUGGCUUCACCUUCAAGUUGAAGCUGUCUACACGCCCCGAAAAGUACCUGGGCUCGCUUGAUACCUGGGACUAUGCUGAGGAGCAGCUCAAAAAGGCCAUGACCAAGUUCAAGGGUGAUGACUGGACCAUCGAUGAGGGUGAUGGUGCCUUCUAUGGCCCCAAGAUCGACAUUACUAUCGCUGAUGCUCUGCAACGUCCAUAUCAGUGUGCUACUAUACAAUUGGACUAUCAAGCUCCGAUCAACUUUAACUUGCAGUACGCCACCAAUGAGAAGGGUGAGAAGCAGAUGACCAAGGAGCCGAAGGAGGGUGAGGAGGGCCAGAGCAAGACCAACACCAAUGAGCUGCCGGCUGGCCGUGCCCGCCCCGUUGUCAUUCACCGUGCCAUCAUUGGUAGCUUUGAACGAUUCCUAGGCAUUUUGAUUGAGCACUUCGGCGGAAGGUGGCCCUUCUGGCUCAGUCCUCGCCAGGUUAUGAUUGUGCCCGUCAUGCCCGCUCUGAACGAGUAUGCCGAGGAGCUGCAGGAGAUUCUGCGUGGCGACAAGCUGAAUGUCGACAUUGACAUCAGUGGCAACACAUUGCCCAAGAAAAUCCGGACCGCUCAGUUGGCUAUGUACAACUUCAUCUUUGUUGUGGGUGCACAGGAGAAAGAAGGACGCACUGUGAACGUUCGCAACCGUGAUGAUCCUGCCAGUCAGAAGCAAGGUGUCAUGGUCCCUCUGGAUGAGGUGCGAACCAAGCUCCGAGCAUUGCGCAAGGAGCGUCGGUUGGAAAACGCUCUGUAA